UCACUCUGAGCAGAGAUCACGUCGACUUUUUACGAUAUAUUUGCUUUUGAAACAACGGUUAGCAGCUUGAUUGCUGCCAACAUCUAGCAGCAACCAUGGCUACCGCAACAAUUGAACUGCCGUUCAUAUCGGCUCAUUAUUCCAUCGCCGAAUCGACUCUUUCGACGCUCACCCAAGCUCCAACUGUCGAAUUAGUCAACCAACUUCUGGAGGCCAUCUCCAAGAAGGCCCGCGAACACGAUGAACUCAAAGCAGACAAGACCCGCUUGGAAGUGGAGCUUGACAAUGCUGUCCGCAGCAGCGAAAGCAAGGUCAAGGUGCUGAAGAGCUCUAUCGAGAAGGGCCAUGCUGAGGUUGAAGAAACAAGGAAGAAGCUUCAUGAGUCAGGUUAGAUAGAAUGCCAUGGUAAUUGACUGAUUUUCCUUGCUAACACACUACAGAAAAUGCUCGAUCGUCCCUAGAAUCCGAGAUCGCCUCGC